UUUGUGAUACUAUGGUGCAACCACGGAUAUGAAAUGCUAAUAGUUGCUACGCGUGGAACAGUCUCUAUUUAUACUCGGAUUUUCUCGAUCACCUUGGAAGCAUUCAAAUACCCAAGCAACAGACUGUUGUCGAUUCUUAGGUCACACGGGUGCUUCGUACAGGAAAUAUUUAUUUUUAUAGGUUUUACGAAAAUCACUGUGCUGUUGAAGAACGUGCAUCUGAAAGAGUGCUCAAGUGCAUCAGUUCGAGUCAGCGAGAAAGAUUCAUCAAUAUAUACAUAUAUAUAUUUCCGAGCCCAAUGCUUAUCUUCAACAUGUGCUCCACAUGCCGAGGAUCUUUGUAUCAUCUCGUGA